CACUGGUGCACCGCCACGGGAGCGCACAGUUUUGGUCCCCCACUGUUAUCGCACUGGAUAUGAUCUGGAGACUUGUGGUCGUCGGCGGGGUGUGCGUCCUUUUCCUGGGAGCUGGGGGUCAGGGCAGGGAUGACAGAAACCUCCGGAGGACGCUGACUUUCCACCGGACUCAGCAGGAUGAGAGCCAGCACCAAGUGCGCACACGCCCAAGGAGGGACACCAGCACUGCCAGCACCUCCAAGGCUUCUCACGGCCCCCACUUCACCUCCUGUCGGCUCCCGCUGACCCCAGCUGAGCACAGGGUCCUGGAUGUGAGCACACAUGAGACAGGGUUUAAUGGUGAUGAUGGCUCCAGUUUUACACUGACAUGGGUUGGUGAUGGCACAGGGGUAAUCUUGGUGUUGUCAACAAUCAGUGCUCCAAUUGAUUCUUUCCUAGAGGGAGGCUCAUCACGACUUUACCGGAGUACGGACUAUGGCAAGUCCUUCCAUGACAUCUCCCACCGCAUCAACAACACCUUCAUAAGGAAAGAGUAUGGAGUCAGCGCUGGACCAGGGAACUCUCUGCAUGUGAUAUUGACAGCAGACACACCGGUGGUGGACAACCCAGGCGGGGUUAUCUUCACCUCCACAGACGCCGGUGUGACCUUUAAAUCCAUCCAGCUGCCCUUCCACCUGGCGCAGCCAAUCACAUUCCACUUCCACAACCCUGACUACCUUGUUGUCAUCAGCAUCGAUGGCGGUCUAUGGCUCUCGUUGGACUUUGGCGCCAAGUGGACAAAAGUUCACGAUGGAGCACAUUCUUUCAUGUGGGGGGCUGGUAUUACUCUGUUCUUCAGCUACAGCCCCAUAGGAACAGUUGAGGCAGACAGGAGGGGAGAGUUACAGCUGAAGAGGACAGAGGACCUGGGGAAGACCUUCACCACAAUCGCUGAAAACAUCUUCUCCUUUGGCUACAUAGGAGGCUUUCUCUUCACCUCCGUAAUGGAAGACUUGAGGUCUCCUCGUGUCAUCUAUGUGUCAUCAGACCAAGGAAACGUCUUCAAUCAAGCACAGCUCCCCUCUGCCUCCACUGAACAGUUCUACUCUGUUCUGGAUGGCGAUGAGGAUAUGAUCUUCAUGCAUGUGGACAAUCCGGGAGACACCUUCUUUGGGACUAUGUACACGUCAGAUGACCGUGGUAUCCUGUACUCUAAGUCUCUAGAGCGCCAUCUCUUUGGUGGGCAGAGGAAGAGCGACUUCACCAACAUCACCUCACUGAGAGGAGUUUACCUCACGAAUAAACUAGAGGAAGAUGGCCGUAUAAGAUCCGUCAUUUCCUUUGACAGAGGAGGGCAGUGGAGACUUCUUACCAAGCCUGAGAACGUAGAAUGUGGGGAGAAUGUCAAAAAUUGCAACCUCCAUAUCCAUGGAGAACACAGCCGCUACAACCGCAUCACUCCCAUGUUGCCUCUGUCAGAGCCCACUGCUAUCGGCCUGGUCAUUGCCCAUGGUGGCGUGGGUGACUCUCUGUCGUCGUCUCAGCACCCAGAUGUGUUUGUUUCAUCAGAUGGGGGUUACAACUGGAGGGGGACACUGCGGGGGCCUCACCACUACAGCAUAUUGGACUCUGGCGGUCUCAUUGUAGCUGUGGAGGCCCAGCAUGAGGGACAAGUCAAGACUAUCAAAUUCUCCACAGACGAGGGCCAGUGCUGGAAGGCAUAUAACUUCACUGAGCAGCCCUUCUUCUUUGCUGGCCUGGCAUCCGAGCCGGGCACAAAGGCCAUGAACAUCAGUGUGUGGGGCUACCGGCCCGAAGACGACGGGCAGCCCAUGUGGGUGGCAGUCACUAUCGACUUUCAGAGCCUCCUCACCAGAGAGUGUAAGGACCAAGACUAUGAGGAGUGGUUGGCUCAUUCAACUGGGCAGGGGGACCCAAAGACAGAUGGUUGUGUCCUGGGUUACAAGGAGACUUUCAGGAGGCUGAAGAAGCUGUCCGUCUGCCGGAAUGGGCGGGACUAUGUGGUGAGCAGGAAGCAAAGUCCCUGCCGCUGCACCAGAGAAGACUACUUAUGUGACUAUGGUUAUUAUCGUCAUGGGAACAGCUCGGAGUGUGUGAGACAACCCAACACUGCAGAUCAAACCCUAGAGGUCUGUCUAAAUGGAGAGGAAGAGGAGCUUCUGACAUCAGGGUACCGUAAGGUCCCUAGUGACAGGUGUGAGGGAGGAUUCACUCCUCAGCCCAGAGCAGAGACAAUCGUCAGACCCUGUGGUGAGAAACCAAGCCAGAGUCCACCUGCCAGCCACUCGUCUUCAAACACACACUUCGACACACCGCGAGAGAAGAUGGUGUUGAUACUGGUGUGUGCCGGAGCUGGAAUUAUUGUCCUGGUGGCUGUCAUCUCCGCUGUGCUUACUGUCAGGAGAGUGGUUUAUAGGAACAACACGACUGUGUAUCGCUUCUCCAACCUCCAGAUUCAGGAUGACGACAACUGCAUCACGGCCGAUCUUGAGAGCGGCACCAGCAGCAACGGCACGGCCUUCCAACAGGAUUCAGACGAUGAUCUCAUUGAAUGAAACAAACACACACAUUGGCGGGUAUGAAAAAUAUUCCACAUUGAGACCAAUUCUGAUGCUGUACUGAAAAAAGACUGUCAAUUGCAUUUCAUUGGACUUUUCAUUUCCUUUUUUUUUUUUUUUUUUUUUUUUUUUUUAAUGAAAUGCAUGAAAAUGUUAAAUUUCUCUAUUUAUUGAACAUCAUGUACUUGGCAUCCUCCACAUUCCACUGUUUUAUUUUUGAUGUGUACAGUAUUUUUUAUUUGAGUUGUGUGAUACAGUGAACACAGUGUCUUGAUUUUGCUCCUUUUUGCACUGCCUUUUUACCCCUGUUCACUGUGAAAAAAACAAACAAACAAAAAAAAACAUGUAAAUCCUGGGAUUGUGCAUUCAUAAUGAAUACACUGCAUAUUAUUAAGUGUUAAAUCUGCGCAGUACCUUACUUCACACAGUAUGCAUGGUCAGUUUAAAUGCACAAUAAACUUUGGACAAUAAACU